AUGGAAUCCCACGUCGCGUGUUACGCAAGCAUCCUGCUUAAAGGGCUUGUCGCAAUUCAUUCAAAGGGAAUUGUUCAUUGUGAUUUGAAGCCUGGAAAUAUUCUAGUGUUUCCUGUCCAUGGUGCUGAAGUCAGCAUACUGAAAAUCGCGGAUUUCGGGAGUGCGAGAUGGGUGUGGGAGGAGGAAGAAGAGCAGGUUCCGGACGGAAAAACCAAUUACAGCAGGACAACUCUGAAUUACGCUUCGCCGGAAUCGGUGUCUUAUAGUUUGCACGGGACUUGCACGGAUAUCUGGUCAUUCGGGGGCAUAGUUGCGGAGAUGCUCACCGGAAAUAUGGUUUGGGAUUCCAGAGAUGAUGAAGAGCUGAUCCAUAUGAUAUUAUAUGAUGGUUUCUAUAGGCCACACGGGUUAUCUAAUAAUGGAGCGGAUUUUUUAUCAAAGUGUCUGGAUAGAGAUCCAUCGCAAAGAUGGUCGGCUUCCGAUUUACUGAAACAUCCUUUCAUAAUUGAAACUUGA